AUUUCAUCCACUGCUUUAAAAAAUGAAGAAGAAGAGAAACGAGGAAAGGAAGUGGAAUGUUUGCAGUUGACGGUAAAAGCAGUGUGUGGUCGUGACAGGUGUGGGACUGUUUAUUUUUCGGGGAUGAGUUGUGUUUCUGACGCCCUUUUGUUUUGAGGAGAAAGAGCGCGAGCUGCCAUGCGACUAUAACACACACUGAGUUUCCACAUCGGAUCUACUGAUGAUCCACACUGAGAAAUGUGCUUUACAUCUUCUAGAGGACCUCCAAACCGGAGCAGAAUAGAAGAUCACGGUCUUAUGAAGAUGUCAUAGUAAUGUGACAGUACAGGUGUUCUUCUGACAGGGUCAAGAUGCCACGACUAGAAGAGGUCGCGAAUGUUGUGCUCAGGGUGCCCAGUAUUCUGGUGCUGGACAUGCUGUACAAAUGUGACAUUGACAGCUUCACGGAUCAUCUCAAAGCCAGGACUGAAGACAUGCUCUUCAAGUACAAAUAUGUCCUCUGGAACAUAUAUUACUUGGGUCAUGUGGUGAGUGUUGUGGUGCUGCUGCUGCCGCUCGGACACAUUAUCCAGCUCUACCUGCAUGUUCUCUGUGCCCUGCUGCUCUACAUGGCUCAUCAGAUUGUCAGAGAUUAUGUGAGAGGUGAAGCUCAGUAUGGGUAUGGUGGUGCGGUCUUUCUGGACUCUCCAGCGCUGAACCGUUUUGUGACGGCACUCACCAGUCAGAUAAUAAUCAGUACGCUGUGUGCGUUCCUCAUGCGGACUCGACGUCUGUGGCUGUUCUCGGCACACUUGCUCCCUCUUCUGGCACGUGUGUUUUCUGUCCCUCUGGACUGGCUCCUCACGCUCUCCUCAGUGUCCAUGAUGAUCACAGCGGCCGAGGUGGCCGUCUUUCUCCUCGUCAACCUCUUUGUGCCGUACAGACUGGCCAGAGCCACUUACAGAGAAAUCAUGGAAAUAGAGGUGACGGAGUUAUACAGACUGAUGGCCGUCGGCGUGUCUCUCUGGCAUGGCUUCGCUGUGCCCGUGUUGUUUAGUGUCUUCUGGUUUGUGCUGUUCGGAGUGCAACUUAUCACCAAUUUUGGCACUACCAUCCAGCAGGGGCCGCUGCUCUACCUCCUGACCAGUGUAUCCGAAUGCUGUGCUAGCCCAUACUCCCUGCUCGGCCUGACGUUUGUGGUGUCUUAUACGGCUCUGGGACUCCUGAGUCUCUGUAAGUUCUACCUCGGAGGAUUCAACGCUCUCCAGAACCAUAAUGUCAUGCACAGGGGCGUGACCGAGGGCGUGACCCUGCUGCUGCUGGCCCUGCAGACCGGGCUGUUGGACAUGGCCGCUCUACAGCGCUGCUUUCUGCUCUUCAUCAUCCUCUUCAUCGUUCUCACAUCUACUUUACAGAGCAUGAGUGAGAUCACAGAGCCGGUCGUGUUGGGGCUCGGAGCCAGUAGAAACAGGUGUGUGUGGAAGCACUUGCGUGGUUUAUCCAUGUGUGGGUUUCUGCUGCUCUUUCCGGGAUUCAUGGCCUAUAAGAUCUCCCAGUUCUUCAACAUGGACUUCUGGCUGCUGAUCUUGGUGUCUAGCUGUAUGCUCACUUCACUGCAGGUGACCGGCACUCUGCUGAUCUACAGCCUGUUCAUGGUGGAGGUGUGGCGCGGCGCGGCCCUGCCCGGUUUGGAUGAGAUCGUUUACUACGUGAACGGAGUGUGUCGAGUGCUGGAGUUUGCGGUGGCCGUGUGUGUGGUGGCGUACGGAGCGUGGGAGUCGCUGUGGGGAGAGUGGAGCUGGAUGGGAGCGUCGGUCAUUAUCAUCCACUCCUACUGCAACGUGUGGCUACGUGCCCAGGCCGGCUGGAGAAGCUUCCUGCUUAGACAGGAAGCUGCUCGAAAAAUCAACGUAUUGCCACGGGCCAAUGCAGAGCAGCUGCGGGAUCACAAUGAUGUCUGUGCCAUCUGCUUCCAGGACAUGACAUCAGCGGUAAUAACAUACUGUGGUCAUUUCUUCCAUGGCAACUGUUUGAGAAAGUGGCUUUAUGUGCAAGAGACAUGCCCCAUGUGUCACACCUCCAUCAAACCCUCCUCCAAUCCGACGGCACACCCAAACCCACCUCCAUCAGAGCAACAGGAGGAGGAGCAGGAGGAGCAGGGAUCACAGGGAGAUGAUGAUGUUUGCCCUCCAGAGUCUGACAGGAAAUACUCUAACUCCCAGAGUCCCCAACACUUGCACUGCGGUGCGAAUGGUGAUUCCCAAAGCGUGGACAAUCCUGUACCGAGCUGCUCAUCAGAUGGGGAUUUGCAGGAGCUUCGGGAAGCGGACUGAAACAUAAGCUCAGCCGGAGAAACAUGGAACAGAGAAACUGCCACGGCAAGAAGACAGACUGACAGUGGCAGAAAUCGUCUUCAGUAGGAGAGCUCACAGGAAGUGGGACGUAACAAAGGAAGCCAUAAAAGCAGAGGGUUACAAAUAACUGUCAGAAAUACUGCAGGUAUAUGAUUUAUUCAGAAGACGUCCUGAUCCGAUCACUGUGGAAGCUUGUUUCCGCCAUGAAAUAAAAAAGGUAAUUGCGACUUUUUAUCUCACAAUUCUGAAUUGCGGAAUAUAAAAUCAGAAUUGUGUGAUAUAAACUUGCAAUUCUGAGACAAAACGCAGACUUUUUUCCCCUCACAAUUGGACAUUAUGACAUGCAAUUGUGAGUUUAUAUCUCACAUUUUUGACUUCAUAACUCGCAAUUCUGAGAAAAAAAGUCAGAAUUGUGAGAUAAAAAGUCGCAAUUACCUUUUUUUAUUUAGUGGCAGAAGCAAUCUUCCAUAGAUCACAGCACCUCAGCAGUGUUAGAUAACAGAUACCAAAUGAUUGAUGAGAAAUCUUUUCUUGACGUUUAAGACAAUUUUGGAUGACUUGAUGAUGAUUGUCCAAUCAGGGGAAGACAUGAAAGAUAUCACACAUACACAUACACACACACACACGUGGGAAGUUAACUAAGUCUAUAGUUUUUAUGUGUUGUUUGGGUGUCUAAAGGACUUUUCUGUUUAUUUCACAUACCGAUUAUGUACGGAGUGAAUAAGUGAUGCAGAACUGUUGAUAUCUGUGCCUCGGACUUUUCUGUGUCGCUCCAGUGUGUGAUUUUAUUUGAACUGAAAUGAUGUGUUUGUAAUGAAGGUGACUGCUCUCUCAGUUACAGUACGGUGUGUGGACGAGUUCUGCCAGAAUGAAUGGAUAAUAGACGGUCAGUGAAGUCGUGUUCAGUGCACAAGAGACUGCGUAAAGAUUGAACGCUUGUGAUCACACUGGUUAAUAAAAAGUUGUUUUCGUUCAAACCAGUCAUUGUGAUUUGGAGACCGUUCUGUGUCCAGUUUAGUGUUUCUUCAAUUGCCUUAAUGGUGAAUGACAGUGAUUCUCAACCUUUUUUGAGUAAUGGACCCCCGUCAUAUGUGGAACCAUCCUCAAGGACCCCAGAAUAAAAUCAUUGGUGUCAUUAAUGUUUUUGUGACGACCAAAUGCAAUAAAGUAUAAUUUACUACUACGUUAGUUGACUUGUCCUAUAUUUAGUCAUAUCGUCAGUUAUAUUAUACAUAUUUUAUCUUCUUUUAUGGGAACAUGUCAAAUGUCAAAAUAUACAAAAAUUCAUAUUCAGAUAUUUUAUAAGGCCCCCCUGGCAUUAUGUCAAGGACCCCUGGUUGAGAAACACUGGUGUAUGAUGAUUAAAACAGCUGAUUUCUUUGUGGAUUUUUUCUUUUAUGGAAGCUUGUUUAUGCUACAAAAUAAAAAUAAACACAAUGUGUGUUGUGAAAACUCGCAA